AUGUUGGUCUCGCUCACAGUCGGCAAAGUCGACGCCGGCGUGACUGUCCUCUUGACCCCGGACAAACGUCUAAUCGAGUUCCCCUCUAUCCUGCUGCCACCCAACAUCGUUUCGGGCUCUAUAGUCGAUAUCACCGUCGCCCGCAACCACGAGUCUGAGGCCAAGGCCGGAGCCCAGUUCUCAGCCCUCCAAGACCAUAUCUUCUCCUCCUUCGGCGCCUCCCAGCCUAGCACUCCCGUCCUCCGCUGCCGCAAUGCCACCCAGACCUCUGUGGUCCUCGACUGGGACCCCAUCGACCUCGCCACCGCAGAUCUCAUCUCUCUCUCUCUCUACCGCAAUAACCAGAAGGCCGGCAACAUCCCCCGUCCCAUGCAGAUGCAUAGCACCAAGAUCAGCGGCCUCGCCGUCGAUACCGAGUACUCCUUUCAUCUCGUCCUGCGCACUACUGCUGGCACCUUCUCGAGCAAGCAGGUCGUCGUCAGGACUCACAAGAUGACCGACCUGAGCGGCGUCACCAUCACCACCGGCUUCCUCCCAGCGCACACCCGCGAGGAGCUCACCAAGGCCGUCGAACGGAUAGGUGCUAAGAUCGUGGACGGUGUACGCAUCGAUACCACGCACUUCGUCACCACCGAGGGCAGGGGAGUGCCGUGGGAGAAAGCCGUCGAGAUGAACAUUCCCGUAGUACGACCCGAAUGGGUCGACGCUUGUGAGAAGAACGGCAGGAUCCUGGGUGUUACUAAAUUCUACCUCGACGCGCUACGGCCAUCUCCCUCCAGCAGCCAAGAGACGCCAACUGUGGCGUCACCUCCUCCCGCGCCGGCGCAACACCAGAAAGAUCUUCCUCGCGCACCCGCUCAGAACGCGAAAAACGAGGAGCCGGAACCGCACAAGGGAGAGAGAAAUCCCAAGGAGGAGGAGAGCAGCGGAGAUGACGACAACGACAACAACGACGACAACAACAACAACAAGGAUGACAAGGCUACUAAAGCCGCCGCUAAUGUAAACGGAGAAGAGGAAAAAGCAGAUGAGCCCAAAGCGAAGGCUACGGACGAGCAAAAGGCCAGGUUCGAGGAUAAGGACGCUCAAAAAGUCCCCCUACAGCCCGCCGACAAACCAUCGCCCGAGAACGCCACCACCAAAGAUGUGGGCUCAGGCGCAGAUGAUAGCUCCGACGAGAAAGGGCCGGUGAACUCGCCUGGCGAUGGCGCAUCUUUCCAAGACGUAGCGCUGUAA